GCUGGAACCGCCUUUUUUUUUUCUGUGCGUGGCCCAAAAUCCCAAACAGGCUCGGUCUCUUUCCUCCCUCCUUGCGCCGCGAUUAUACGCAUCCAUCCGUCAAAGCCGCCUCAGCAAUGUCUGAUUGGGAAAACGAAGACGAAGACGUCCAAGUCGCCAUCCCCGUUCCAUCUGCUGCCAACCGGUGGGACGACGAGGAUGCCGAGGAGGAAGAUGUCAAGGACUCUUGGGAGGACGAUGAGGAGGAGCUGAAAAAGAAGAAAAAGAAGGAGGAAGAGGAGCGGCUGAAGAAGGAGGCCGAGGCCAAGAAGGCUGCGGCUGCUCCCAAGAAGAAGACCCUCGCCCAGACCCUCAAGGAGAAGGAAGAGGACGAGAAGCGCAAGCGCCUUGCCAAGGCUGCCGAGCUGGCCAUCUCCAACGAGACCGAGGCGGAGAAGCGCGAGCGUGAGCGACGAGAGAUUGUCCAAGCCGAUUUUGAGAACGCCAAGGAGCUCUUUAGCAGUAUUGCCCCAUCGCCAAAUGUGCCAAGCGACUCUGUUCUCGAGACUCUGAAGCCCAGCAACCGUGCUGAGUUCGAUGCUUACAACAAGGAGCUGCAGACCAAGUUCACGUCGUUCGAGAAAUCGGCGCACUAUGCCUACUUUGCCGAGAACGUCGUGCGUGACAUGUGCGUCAGCCUGAGCGUCGACGAUCUGAAGAAGGUUGCGGCGCUGUUGAACGCCAUGGCUAGUGAGAAGCUCAAGGCCCAGAAGGAGAAGGACAAGAAGGGCAAGAAGGGCGGCAAGGCCAAGGUCAGCCUCAAGGCCACUCCUGGUGGAAUCGAUACGACCAACUACGACGAUGCCUACGAUGAAUACGAGGACUUUAUGUAGGCAGCCGAGCUGACAGUGCCGAGGAAUACACUUGAUUACCCUGCGAA